AUGGCGUUCAUUGAGGCCGUGCACGAUCUGCCCAACAUCAAGCGGCACUACCAGAAGAUUAUCGACUGGUCGAGUGGGGGCCAGAUCGCUGCCAUCUUCAACAAGAAGCUGGUGAUUUGGGAGCCCAACACGGACGUGACGAUCGGACUGGGCUUUCAGCACGCGACCGCCAUCGCGUUCAAUCCGACCGGCGACCGGCUGGCGAUCGCGAUGUACUUCAUGGACCGGGCGAUCCUUGACAUCCUGGAGGUCCGCAGCGAGCAGUUCGGGAAGCACGGCGUGGUGAAGAUCGUCGAGGGUAGUGAGGUGCUCCUGACCUGUCUGACGUGGGACGGCAGCGGGCGGUACGUGGUGUGCGGGUUCGCGUGCGGAAUGCUCUCGGUGGUGGACGUGCAGACGGGCAGUGGUGAUGGCACGAACCACCGAUCCGUCGAGUAUCCCGCCCACAACAGUCUGAUUCUGAUGAUAAAGUUCUCCUGCGGGUUCAAGUACCUGGCCACGGGCGAUUUGGACGGCGAGGUGUACAUCUGGAGCUGGAGCGCGGGCCAGCUCGCGGUGAUCAAGCACAUGAUCGCGUCGUUCGUCUUCUUCGAUUGGCACCCUUGGCGUGAGGACGAGAUCGUUAUCGCCGACAGCGAGCCGGUCCUGAUUUCGCUGCAUCACGUCGCGAGCCGCCAGGUAGUGUCGUACUAUCGACGCGAGGAGCCCGAUUGCAUCGUGACGGCGCUUUCGUUCAAUAAGGUUUCCGGCGAGCUGGUCGUGUGCUUCACGUACGCUGACGACGAUAAGCAGCCCGAAAUAGUCGUGCUGGCCUCGAUGGAUCGCGUGGUUGAUGUGUUGCGCAAUCACGAAGAAUCCAUAGUGCAUCUGCUCUGGAGUCCCGAUGGAAAGCAGCUCGCGAGCAUCGGCCAUGACGAAACGCUUACGAUCUGGAACUUCUUCGGAAGCCCGCCAAACGGCAACACAAGGGGCAAGAACAGGAAGCGCAAGCUGCAACACGAUCCACCGGCAGGGACUAGCUCGGGCUUGCGGGACGUGGCACGGAUUCAGUGCAACCGUAACAAAGAAGCCACCUAUCGGGAUCUGGCCUCCAGUUUCCUUUUCAAGCCGAUGCGCUAG